AUGUCCGCCGUUAAGAAUCUGCGGGCCAUGUUCGAGCAAAAGCAGGACGCGAGCCCGCCAGAUCGAGGCAGGUCCCCAGGCCUUUCCUCAAACGGCACCGAAACCCCUCCUCCCUCUACCCGCCCACUCUCUAAAAUUCGCACAAGCUUUGUCGCCAUUGAAAAGGACGGCAGAGUAGGACUUCGCCGGGAUCCAAGCAACGAAUCGAGUCUGUCCCAACGACGACUGAGUAGCCACACCGAGGGAGAAGCUUCUGUAUCUGGCCAAUCUGAUAAGACCAUGGCCACGGAAGAGACUUCGGGCGGCUUCAAGACGAGCAUCCUCGGCGAGACCAUUCCCGAGUCUCCUCGCCGUGCUGAAGCGAACAAGUCCGCCAACGGAAGUCCCGCACGAAACUUGGGAGCUUUGACGGACAAGCCGAGCCACAAUCCUGACAAACAUGUCGAUGUCGAGACACCCACUCCCGAGCUGCUGCCCGGCGACCCGACUCAGAAGACUCCCGCGCAGCCUUCGGCGUCCAACAGCCCUGCUGCCGUGAAGAAAACCACCAAGCCCAAGGAUGCCGCAAAGCCUGCCCCGAAGACCCUCGCGCCCCCGGCUACAAUCAAGGCCAGAUCGAAGACGCCCACGAGGUCUCCCACUACCGCGAAGGCGCCAUCCCUGCACUCCGGUACCAAGCCGAGUGCUCCCAAGCAUGAACCGGCCAAGAAGACGACCGAGAAGUUGGCUGCCACCACUGCCGCCGCGAAGAGCGGGACCAGAGCGACCGGAGCCGCCAAAAAGCCUGCCCCAGUGAACGUCUCUCCUCCCAAGGAGGCUGGCUUCGUCAAGCCCAAGCCUAAGUCGCCGACGCGGCCCGUGAGACUCCCGGCUUCUCUGAUGGCUCCGACCGCUGCGUCGGUAUCCAAGGUCAAGGGGGAGACUCCUCGCGAGACUCUUUCUCGUGCUUCUGGCAAUCAGGGACGCCCGGCUAGCAGAGCGAGCGCCGCUGGUGCCGGCCCUACCAAGACGCUGAAGCGACAGAAUUCCGUCAUCAACCGCCCCAGACCCAGCAUCGGUCCCCCGCCGAAGAAACCCCUCCAGGACCACCCCAUCACCAAAAAGGAGAAGGAGGUUGAUGAGAACUUCCUGGCGCGCAUGAUGCGUCCCACCCAGAGCUCCAGCUCCAAGACGACAGAGAAGGCCCCCGUCACGCCUCCUAGACACCGUAGCUCUACCCAGGGUAGCGGCAAGCAGUCCUCUGUCUCGGCUUCAAGGAGCCCCAGGAGGACCAUGAAGCCUUCGCCCGAUUCAGCUCGCACGGGAAGCCCCUUCGCGAGAAGGGCCCCCCACAUUGAGCAGGUUGCGCCGGAGACCGCUCAGGUCGAGACCGCGGAGGAGGUAGUUGAAGCUGCCCAGCAGGUCGAGGAGCCCGUCGAGGUCAAGGCUGAGCCGGAGCCGGUCAAAGCCCCCGCCACACCGGAACCCAUCCCGGAGGAGUCCUCUUCCGAUGACAAGACUACCGACCCCGAGCCUACCGCCGUUACCUCUGGAUCCGACGGCGUGAACGACCAGCCCGAGUCUCCCGAGUUCGAGGAACUCGCCCAGCGGGCUGCUAGACUCUCCAUUGAUGAGUCGGACAACCACGAGCUUAAGAGCCCUGAUGAGUUUGAAGAGCUUCUUGAGGAGGAGCAGGCGGAGGCUCCUGCUGCUCCCAGCCAGGCGACCACAGAAGUCAAGACUGAGACAGCAUAA